CGCGUCUGGCACGCGGCGUGGAGCCCGGACGGGUCCCUGCUCGCGUCCUGCAGCAGCGACCGCUGCGUGAAGAUCUGGCACUGCGCCGGCGGCGCCUGGGGCCUCGUGUCGACGCUCGACGACGCCCACGAGCGCACGGUGCGCAAGUGCGACUGGUCGCCCUGCGGGCGCUACCUCGCGGCCGUGUCCUUCGACGGCACGUGCUGCGUCUGGCGCCGCGCGGACGACGACGGCGGCGGCGGCGGCGGCGGCGGGCCGCUCGAGUGGGAGAUCAUCGCGACGCUCGAGGGCCACGAGAACGAGGUCAAGGGCGCGGCGUGGAACGCGUCGGCGACGCUCCUGGCGACCUGCGGCCGCGACAAGAGCGUCUGGCUCUGGGAGUUCGGCGACGACGAGGGCUUCGAGCUCGUCUCCGUGCUUCACGGCCACGGCGGCGACGUCAAGGCCGUGUGCUUCGACGCCUGCUCGCGGCUCCGGGACGACGACCUGCUGGCGAGCUGCUCCUACGACGAUUCGAUCAAGCUCUGGGGCGACGACGGCGACGACUGGAGCUGCCGCGCGACGCUGGCCGGCUCGGGGAGCACGGUCUGGGACCUGCGCUUCGUCGCGGCGCCGGACGGGUCGCGCCGCCUCGUGAGCUGCGGCGCGGACCGGGUCCUGCGGCUCUGGGUCGAGGGCGAGCCCCACGCGUGGACCGUCGGCGCCGCGCUCGAAAACGCGCACGGCCGCUGCGUCUACAGCUGCGACGCCGUCGGCCCGGACCCGACGACGCGCGUCGCCAGCGGCGGCGGCGACGACCGCGUAUCGGUCUACGGCCUGGGCGCGGGGUUCGCGCGCCUCGCGGACGCGCCCAAGGCCCACGACGGCGACGUCAACUCCGUCCGCUGGAGCCCCGCGGACGCGACGCUCCUCGCGACGGCCGGCGACGACGCGCUCGUCAAGAUCUGGAAGUUC